GUAAAGUCCUUCUAAACUGCCUUGGCGACUUUUGCUACCAAGUUCAUCAAAGAGAUUAUGAGGUGUGAUUCAUCUUGCCCAUAUACGAUCUUUGGCGGUGACGUCGCAGCAGGAUGGGGCGGGCAGAGUGAACUGGCGCCGGGAGAUUCGAGCCUUGACCGCGGACCUGUCUGGAUUAACGUGAACACUCCUGACUGCAUUAAAGUGAACCGUAAAGUCACCCCUGGCAGCCCCGCGUGAUGAGUUUGUUUGGAGCCAUGUUGUCACCGUGCGUGCGUUUCAGGAUCAGCAGCUGUUGUUAAGCCUUCACUUCCAUACAGUGUACUGCUGAGCAGAUGGAGGCCAUGGAGGUGGACUCUCCGAUGGAGGGACAAGGCAGCAGACAGCUGGUUGGUGCUGCUCCACCCGCUGAGGACGUCAGCGCUCCACACGUCAUUUCAGACUCCGGCAGCAGCACUGAGGUGGAUGAGGAUGAUGAAGAUGACAAUGAAGGGGGACGGGCGGCGGCUCGUGUGCCACCCAGACUUCCUGCCACUUGGGCGUUCAGUCAGAGAGCAGUCGACGGCUCAGUGGCCACGCCGUCCUCCGCCCAGGGGGCUCCCAUACGGAGGAGACUGAGGCAGGGUCUCAGGGUGCACUACCCCAGCCAGACUGCAGCGCCCUCCAGAGGCUUUCCGGAUUUCCUGCUGCGAGCGCCGGCUGCCAGCGUGGCUGAACCAGAGUCCGGCAGCACCACCGAGGUCAGCGAGUCUGAGGAGGAGGAAGAGGAGGAUGAAGAAGGCACGACUGCUGCUGCGGAGCCUGUCGACCCCCUGCCACCUGCCAGUCCCCGCCGCGAUUCCCCCAUCCAGCACAUACAACCACAGGAAGCUGGUCCAACCAACUCCAGUUCAGCUGCAGAUGGUGACGGGACAGAAGCUCACGGUGAGAUCGUCCAGCCCCUCCCCGUGGCCUCGGCUUCUGCGCCGCCAUCGCACGGUGAGGAAGGUGACGGUGACAGCUGCACCAUCUGCUUCGAGGCGUGGACGACAGCGGGCGAACACAGGCUGUCCGCUCUGCGCUGUGGGCACCUCUUCGGCUUCACGUGCAUCCAGCGCUGGCUGAAGGCUCAGGGUCCGGCCGCUAAAUGUCCUCAGUGCAACAAGAAGGCGAAGCGUUCAGACAUCGUGCUGCUGUACGCGCCGAAGCUGAGAGCGCUCGACACCUCGGAGCAGGAGAGCUUAAAGAAGUCUCUGGAGCAGGAGCAGUCUCUGAGGAGGAAGGCUGAACUGGAAUCAGCUCAGUACAAACUGAAACUGCAGGUUGUCACUAACAAAUACGGACAAGCGCAACAAGAGCUGCAGGAGCUCAGGGCUCUCAUGGCCCAGGCAGGUAGAAGCUCAGUGUCCUCCUUGUCGGCAUCAUCGUCCUCGUCGACACUGUCCUCGCUCCUGCUCGGUCCGUCUCAGAGGCUGGACGGCUCCAAGACGGCCCAGUACAGUUUCUCCAAGGCUGUGCUGGUGUCCCAGGCCGGAGGAUCCAGAGUUUUAUCAUUCUGCGAGCCUCUGAGCUGCCUGCUGGCCUCGCAGCCUUCGCCUCACUCCACACUGGUGCCUGGCUGCGGGGUGAAGAAGGUGAGUGUUGUCAACAUGAAGGCCAGUCAGUACGUCCCCAUCCACAGCAAACAGAUCCGAGGUCUGUCCUUCAACAGGCAGAACGACAGUCUGCUGCUGUCUGCUGCCCUGGACAACACCAUCAAACUGACCAGUCUGCUCACCAACACGGUGGUGCAGACUUAUAAUGCAGGCAAACCCGUGUGGAGCUGCUGCUGGUGUUUGGACAACAGCAACUACGUCUACGCAGGUCUGAGCAACGGCUCAGUGCUCCUCUACGACACCAGAGACACCAGCACCCACAUCCAGGAGCUGCAGCCACUGCGCUCCAGGUGUCCGGUGGCGUCUCUGUGCUACGUCCCGCGGGCGGCGUCCAGCUCGUUCCCCUGCGGCGGGCUGAUCGCUGGUUCUCUGGAGGGCGGCUGUUUCUGGGAGCAGGUCAACGAGACCACGUACAGACCGCACCUCCUGCCGCUGGAGACGUCCGGCUGCACAGACAUCCAGGUGGAGACGGAGAGCCGACACUGUCUGGUCACCUACAGGCCAGGACGCUCCAACCCGUCUUUGCACUGCGUCCUCAUGGCCCUGACCAGGACGCCUCAGCAGGACUCCAGUCAGCUGCCCAGCUGCUCCUGCUCUCCAGUGCAGACCUUCAGCGCCGGCUCGUCCUGCAAGCUGCUCACCAAGAACACCGUCUUCAGGAGUCCGGACGGAGGCGGGACGCUGGUCUGCGCCGGGGACGAGGCCUCCAACUCCACCAUGGUGUGGGAUGCAGGCAGCGGUUCCCUGCUGCAGAAGCUUCCGGCCGACCUCCCGGUGUUGGACAUCAGUCCGUUCACGGUGAAUGGCGAGCACUUCCUGGCGUCGCUCACAGAGAAGAUGCUGAAGCUGUACAGGUGGGAGUGAACGACAAGAACUUUGUCUUCCAGAAACCAGGAGACAAGAAUCUCUGGCCGUCCCAGAGAACAUGGAGACGAAGAUCUGUGAGGAACUGUGGAAAAUCUAGUGCUGCUGAACUUUUUUAUCUGUACAUUUGGAAAAACGGGCAGAGGAAACGGUUACAUUUUAGUUUGGUGUUUUGGCAGCAAACAUGUGGGCUGCUGCUCAGGAAGCCAAACGAAGCCUGAGCGUAAUGAAGCGGAACGUGCCGCUCACGAGUCCACAUGAGUCCUGCAGACUGAACUCGUCUCAGCUUAAGUGCUGUGAGCUGGUGGAGGUGAUGCUCUGCUGGAGGAAAACAUUCCUGCAGACUGUGUGAGUGAGAUUUAGUUCUGAUUUUAGCAGUUGUUUCAGUUUGUUUCUGUUGUCUUCUGUUUGCUCUGAUUCUGUUGAACUGAACCUGAUUGUUCUCACAUGCCAAAAGACUUUGCUGCUGUGGCCGUCAGCUUUCCUGUUUUCUCUGUGAAGGAGGUUGUAUUCAUGUAUGUUUGUUACCGACUGUUUGUGUACGACUUCAGAGUUAAUAAAACAAUGACUUAUUUUUACCGA